AUGAAUUCAGAAAAUGGUGAGCUUCACUCCAAAUUGAUCGGUAUUGUCACUUCCCGUGACAUUCAAUUUGUUGAAGACAACUCUUUGCCAAUCUCUGAGAUUAUGACCAAGGACGUCGUCACUGGCACUCAGGGUAUCACCUUGGCUGAAGGUAACGAUAUCUUGAAGAAGACCAAGAAGGGUAAGCUUCCAAUCGUUGACAAGGACGGUAGGUUGGUCUCUAUGCUAUCCAGAACCGAUUUGAUGAAGAACCAAACUUUCCCUCUUGCUUCUAAGUCUUUCGCUACUAAGCAACUGCUUUGCGGUGCUGCCAUCGGUACUCUCCCAGCUGACAGAGAGAGAUUGAAACUUUUGGUUGAAGCUGGGUUGGAUGUGGUUGUCAUCGAUUCUUCUCAAGGUAACUCUAUCUUCCAACUGGACAUGAUCAAAUGGAUCAAGGAAACCUUCCCCGAUUUGGAAGUCAUUGGUGGUAACGUCUGUAACAGAGAGCAAGCUGCCAGUUUGAUCGCUGCCGGUGUCGAUGGUUUGAGAAUCGGUAUGGGUUCCGGUUCCAUCUGUAUCACUCAAGAAGUUAUGGCCUGCGGUAGACCUCAAGGUACUGCAGUUUACAACGUCACCAAGUUUGCCAGAGAAUUCGGUGUUCCAUGCAUUGCCGAUGGUGGUGUCCAAAACAUCGGUCACAUCACAAAGGCUUUGGCUUUGGGUGCCUCCACCUGUAUGAUGGGUGGUAUGCUUGCUGGUACUACUGAAUCUCCAGGUGAGUACUUCUACAGAGACGGUAAGAGAUUAAAGGUUUACCGUGGUAUGGGUUCCAUUGAUGCUAUGCAAAAGACCGACAGCAAGGGUAACGCUGCCACUUCUCGUUACUUCUCAGAAGCUGACGACGUCCUUGUGGCUCAAGGUGUCUCCGGUGCUGUCGUCGACAAAGGUUCUGUUAAGAAGUUCAUCUCAUAUCUGUACAAUGGUCUGCAGCACUCAUGCCAGGACAUUGGUGUCAGCUCUUUGCAAGAAUUGAACGAGAAUGUCCAAAACGGUAACAUCAGAUUCGAGUUCAGAACUGCUUCCGCACAGCUGGAAGGUGGUGUCCACAACUUGCACUCUUAUGAAAAACGUCUGCACAAUUGA